UGCGCGACAGGGAAAGCGAGUGCGUGCGUGCGUGCGUGUGUGAGUGAAGAGAGGUGUGUGUGCGCGCGCGUGUGUGUGUGUGUCCGUUGGAACAGAUGAGAGGGAAUCUUGGCCACAUUUAGUCAGAAAGAGGCAGGCUCGUUGGGAGAUAGCACGGGCAUGCAGCAUCACGCGCACGCACGCGCGCACACACUGACAGACGUUCCGCGGACACAUGUACUGCUCUCAGCUGUGUGUGGCACAUCGUGCAGGAUUACCCUCCAUCCCUCCAGUAUAUUCCGCUCAGGGGGGGCUUUUAGAGCUCCCUCUGAGCCGCGCGAUGAUAGCCGGGAUUUCUUUUGUUUCCUCCAGUGUUGUUGUCUCCUCUUACUCAAUUCUCUGCCAUGCAUUUUGGGUUCGGAUGCGCAAGCAUGCGUUUUAUUUGUAAUGGUGUUGCUUUCUCUUCUUUUUUUUCUAUUAUUACAGCGUUUGUCACCAUCAGCUCUGUUUUCGUGAGUCUGUGAGGUGUCAUGGUAGUUCUGCAUUGUGUUGUUCCUGUUCCUCUCAGUGUGUGUGUGUGUGUGUGUGUGUGCAAAUACAAUAUUUCAUCUUUUGUCCUUGAGACAUACAUAUUUCUGCAAGCGCAUGCUUCAUUAUAGGAUUUGGAUGCUGGUGUGUGGACGGUUUUGCUCAUUUGUGGUUGAUGCAUCAGUAAUAUUUGCGGAUUAGAUGGCAUGCUCCCCUAAUUUCCUCCCUCUCCUCCCCAGCUGGACUGCUGCUGCUGCUGCUGCUGAGCUGCUCAUGCUGCAUGCAUACUCAUGUUUCUGGCCCCUAAUUGCCUUUGUGGAAAACACAGCGGUUGCAGCAGUUAUUGGAAAAAGCAGCGAUUAAAUGGUUGAAAACCACUCGGGAUGCAGCAGGCAGGCGCCCGUCCUUCGAAGCACCACAUCUCAUCUUUGUGCGAAAACAGGAAAAUCCCGAGGCAGGAGAGAACGGUUCCCCGGAGGAGAUGGAGGAGGACGUCGGCCUGAAGAAGCGUAAAGGGGAUCAUCACGGGGAGAAAGGACUGCAGGCCGGCCAGGAGACUGGGGAAAAGGUCAAGAGGAAGCGAGGGCGCCCUCCUGCCGAGAAGCUGCCUCCAAACCCACCGGAGCUCACCAGGAAACUGAGCACGCUGGUCGAUAUGGUUACCAACUACAAGGACGGGUUGGGUCGACAGAUCAGCAAAGGCUUCGUUCAGCUUCCCUCUAAGAAGGAGGUACCCGAGUACUACGAACUGAUCCGAAAGCCUGUCGACUUCAGAAGGAUCAGGGAACGUGUGCGUAAUCACAAGUACAGAAAUGUGGGGGAUUUGGAGAAGGAUAUCUUCCUCCUGUGUCACAAUGCUCAGACAUAUAAUCUGGAGGGAUCUCAGAUCUAUGAGGAUUCGAUCGUGAUUAAGUCUGUUUUCGAGAGCGCGAGACAGCGGAUUGUCACGGACGAGGAACAGAAAGAGGCGGUUGGCGCCACUCGCAGUGAUAAUGGGGGCGGAGCUGAAGACCAAUUUGUUCCAUCAACAGUAAAACCAUUACCAGUACAGCUAAUAAAGGGAAAUAAGGAGGGAAGGAGCAGAAGCACCAUGGUCAAGAGGCUCCACAAUGAUUUGGACAGUGAUGUGGAUUUAGAGGACAACACCCCAAAAGACCAAGGCUGAGUCGAAACAGGUUUUUUUUUCUGUUUAGUUUUCUGCUGCGUGUCUAUUCUCUACCACUUCCCUUUACAUUGGUUUCUUCACUUUCUAAGCAAAAAUAAAGGAAAACAGGACUGGAAGGACCCCUCAAAGGAAGCCACUCGUGGAACAUUACAUCCUUUUUUUACGUGACUCAUUUCGCUGAAAACGCUUCUUGCUGCACACGGUGCCGCUCUUUUUCAUUUAGCUGGUCUUUUAUUAUUAUUAUUAUUAUUAUUAUUAUUCCUCUUCUAUCUGCCCUAGUCCUUGUGGUUGCGUCUGCAAAUAUGAUGUGAAACACCGGUUUUCUCUGACUGUUUUUAACCAAUAUAUUUGAUUGUAUAAACCUGCCUUCAUAUAAUGAGAAUUUGUAAAUCUCUCCUGAAGCUGUCACUCGCUAAUGAAAAUGUUGACGUGUUGAAGACUUGACAAAUGAAGCACACUGGGAGGUGCUUUUCGAACAGACAGUGAACAAAUGAGCACUGUAAAAUCUCUGAAUGUGACUUUAGAAACGAUUCAUCUUUGAUAAGAAAACACCCCAGUGGAAGUACGACUUAUGACAAAUAUGACAAAUACCAGUUGAUAUACUUUUGUGUCUGUUUCGGGAUGGGAUGCAUUUUGGUCUUAACAAGUUCAACAUUUGUAUCCCUUGUGCUACUGUAGAUCCACAUAUUGUACAGUUUGUGUGAAAACUAAUUAAAAAUGUAAAAAUACA